CCGCUUGCCUGGGAGCAGUCUGCCAGCGGAGCGCAGCCCCACUGCCUGAACGCACCGGGUUGGUGUCUGGUUCUUUUUUCCUGCGCUGCGCCGUUUGGAACAACACUUGGGGGAAGAAGCAGAAGAAGAAGGAGGAGGAGGAGAAGCAGAACAAUAAGUCACAGUAUCCCUCCUCUUCUGUCCACACCUCUUUUUGUUUCUUCCAACUUUCAUUCCGGGCCACUUCCAAGAUGACCGAAGCAAAGGGCGCUCGGCGCGUAAAGCUGGUAACUGGCCAGCUUCUGUGGGAAUUGAUGUCACCUUCAGAUUGGUUUAACUGAAGAUGGAAACACUGGAGUCUGAGCUGACCUGCCCGAUCUGCCUGGAGUUAUUUGAAGAUCCCCUGCUCUUGCCCUGUGCUCACAGUCUUUGCUUCAACUGUGCCCACCGCAUCCUGGUGUCCCACUGCUCCACCAGCAAGCCCCUCGAGUCGAUCUCGGCCUUUCAGUGCCCAACGUGCCGUUACGUCAUCACGCUGAAUCACCGCGGGCUGGAGGGCCUUAAGCGCAAUGUGACGCUGCAGAACAUCAUUGACCGCUUUCAAAAGGCCUCCCUUAGUGGCCCCAACUCCCCUACUGAGAGCCGGCGCCUGCAGCCGCAGCGGCCCUACACCGCCACCAUUAGCGGUACAGUAGCUGGGACGGUUGGCGGCGGUGGUGGUGGCACGAGUGGAAGCAGCGCCCGCGGCAGCCCGGCCACUUCCAGCCACUCCCACCCGCACGCCAACCACACCAAUCACGUGAACCACACCAACGCCAACCACAGCCCGGCUGUCGUUGCCAAAAUGGAUCCACGCAUCAGCUGCCAGUUCUGCGAGCAGGAUCCGCCGCGGGAAGCCGUCAAGACGUGUGUGACGUGCGAGGUGUCGUACUGUGACCGCUGCCUGCGUGCGACACACCCCAACAAGAAGCCGUUCACCAGCCACCGCCUGGUGGAGCCGGUGCCAGACACGCACAUCCGUGGCCUGACUUGUCUGGAGCAUGAGAAUGAGAAGGUCAACAUGUACUGCCUGGUGGAUGACCAGCUCAUCUGUGCACUCUGCAAGCUGGUGGGGCGCCACCGAGAGCACCAGGUGUCCUCGCUCACCGAGCGCUUUGACAAGCUCAAGGCUUAUCAGGUGAGCCCGGGCAGAGUGUCAGAUGCGGUAAUGGAGGCUUCAAAGACAAGCGCUGCGCAAACCCUGGAGAACAACCUGACCAACCUGGUGAAGAGGAACAGUGAACUUGAAAACCAAAUGGCAAAGCUCAUCCAGAUUUGCCAGCAGGUUGAGGUGAACACAGCCAUGCAUGAAUCUAAACUGGUGGAGGAGUGUGACGAGCUGGUGGAGAUCAUUCGCCAGAGAAAACAGGUCAUCGCUGUGAAGAUCAAAGAGUCAAAGGUGAUGAAACUGCGUAAGUUGGCCCAACAGAUCGCGAACUGUCGCCAGUGUCUGGAGCGUUCCAGUGCCCUCAUCACACAAGCCGAGCAGAGCCUGAAGGAGAACGACCACGCCCGCUUCCUCCAGACCGCUAGAAAUGUAGCCGAAAGGGUUGCCAUGGCGACGGCUUCCUCCCAGGUGCUCAUCCCUGACGUCAACCUGAACGAGGCCUUUGACAACUUUGCCCUGGAUUUUUCCAGAGAGAAGAAGAUUUUAGAAGGACUGGAUUAUCUGACAGCUCCAACCCCGCCGUCCAUAAGAGACGAGCUGUGCACCGCCUCCCAUGACACCAUCACUGUUCACUGGACGUCAGAGGACGAGUUCAGUGUCACCUCCUACGAGCUGCAGUACACCAUCUACACCGGACAGACUAAUUUCAUCAGUUUGUACAACUCGGCCGACAGCUGGAUGAUCGUACCGAACAUCAAGCAGAACCACUACACGGUGCACGGCUUGCAGAGCGGCACCCGGUACAUCUUCUUUGUGAAGGCCAUCAACCAGGCAGGAAGUCGCAACAGUGAGCCGGCACGCCUCAAAACCAACAGUCAACCCUUCAAGCUGGACCCAAAGACGGCUCACAAGAAGCUCCGCCUGUCCAACGACUGUCUGACCAUGGAGAAGGACGAGAGCUCGCUAAAGAAGAGUCACACCCCCGAGCGCUUCAGUGGCACAGGCUCAUAUGGAGCAGCGGGUAAUGUCUUCAUUGACAGUGGGUGCCACUACUGGGAGGUGCUGCUGGGAGCAUCCACAUGGUAUGCCAUCGGCGUGGCCUACAAAUCAGCCCCAAAGAACGAAUGGAGCGGCAAGAACUCGUCCACGUGGGUGUUCUCUCGCUGCAAUAACAACUUUAUGGUGCGCCACGACGGCAAGGAGAUGCUGGUGGAGGCGAGCCUGCAGCUGAGGCGGCUGGGCGUCCUGCUAGACUAUGACAACAACUCGCUGUCCUUCCACGACGCGAUGAACUCCCAGCACAUUCACACCUUUGAAAUCUCCUUCCUCCUGCCCGUCGUACCCACCUUCAUGAUCUGGAACAAGUCGGUCAUGAUCCUCUCAGGGCUGCCCGUCCCCGACUUUGUCGAUGGUUUGGCCUCAGAUCUACAAGAACAGCAGCAGCAGCAGAUGGGCCUGUGCCGACAAGAGUCGCCGUAUUUGACCGGGAUGAAGACCUGCCACUGAGAAGGAGUCCACUCGGGCCUGGUGACUUACGUUCUGCUCUGAUCUUCAUAAUGGGUGGACUGGUCAGUUUUUAUGGACUUAGAAAGAGAUGGAAAUAUGCGCAGAGAAAUGUCAGUUUGUAGCCAUCCAAUGCUUCAAAGAUCCAUCAGUGAAUGGGAACAAGGUCUCUUGACUGAAGACGUCAGGGAACGUGAAACUCAUCUGAUGCGCUGGAGUCGCGGAGGAUGUGAGCUUUGGUCUGAGUGGACAGAGCAGGACUCCUGGUUUUCUUGACCAUUGAAGGUCUUCCUUUUUGAUUUAUUGUCUUCUUGAUUUGACCCGAGGCAGAAGACCAAGGAGGGAAUGUUUGAAGUGCAACAUGUGAACAGUGACAUUAAUACAUCAUUAAAACUGAAAAGAAGGAGGAGGCAGCCAGAACAUAACCUGAAUAAAGACUUUUUAAAUCUCCAUAUAUCUGUCAUAUCAAGGUUAUCUCAAAAAAGUCAAAAAACUAAUGUCCACCCUACUGCGGGGACCUCCACAACACUUGAUGUUUAUUUAACCUGAACACUCUUUAACCCCACCAUGCCCUAGUUGAACGUCCCUGUCUUAUCAUGCAUUAACAGGCAAAGAACAAACUACUUACAGCCAAAACAUUUCUCCUGAGUUGAGAUGCAAACGUGAAGGAGCUCACUCAACUAACAGCAGUCUGAUGACAUUACUCCUCUCUGUCAUAAGGACAUAUCUCAGUCACUGUUCACGUGGUGCACACUCUGUCCCUGAACGUGGUCGUUGCUCAAUCUGUUCCUUGGUCUUCCUCCUGGUUUUUAACCCCAGCAGCUUCCAGGUUUCAGGAAGUGUUCAUGUUGCUCCCAGAUAUUAAAUAACAUGGUCACUGGGGAUUCAGAUUUGCAUCAUGUGACUACUCCACUUGUAUAAUAAGAGGUUUAUUGAACACUAGAGUAAAAAAAGUGUUAUUUAUGAGAAAAAAAAGAUGAAGAUGGUUUACUUUUAUUAUUAAUCUCGACUUAUUCAUGCACUUUUUGAUUAACACUACCUCCCCUCUGUGAGUAUUUGAAUAGGUGGAGCUGAGGUGUGUUGGGGGGGAGAAAGUGACGACAGGCACUACUGCUGAUUGGGUUCAGUCAUAUUUACAAAAUAAUUUAUGAUUAUUAAUUAAAGAUGGUUACCAGACAUUAACCAUCGAAAUGUUUAUUGCAAUAAAACUAUGCUUAAACUACUUUUUGUGUUUGCUGCAAACACCUUAUCUGGACCCUCACAGCACUUUGCUGUAAAGUUGAAAAGGUUAUUUUCGCUGCUUUGAACACAAGCAGUGACUUCCCCUCCCCAUGCGUCUCUUCGAUAGCGAAUAGUAAACUGAUCUUCUUUAGAACAGGGAUAUGAUUAUGAUGUUGCUGUUGACAUUUUUAUCACGACGAAAAGAAGAUCAAAUAAUAGCUGUUUUUUCUAUUAAAAAAAAAGUUCACUCUGAUUUCAACUCUUUCAGGGAAGGAGGGGGUUAACACUUUAACUUGCUGUCUGUCACUAUGUCAUGGCAUGAUUGUGUUUUGUGUGAUUUGUUAACACACACACAUGCACACACACACAAACACCAACACACGUCAUGUUUUUGUUUACGUUGGCCUUGUCGUGAUAAAUGCAUGAUACAUUUUAGGAUCCCGCACUGUUUGACUAGGUGAUUCAAGAAGCUCUUUUCAAUUUCACCAAAACUUGUCUUCAUCGGACACAACAACACAACAGUUCAUUCACUCCAUCUGAGCUUUAACUCACGCAUCCACACUCCAUAGUGGCACAGUUGAUGCAGAUGUAGGAGGUUGUGUAGGGAGGCGUUGUGAUAAAGUGACAGUGGAGGUUAAAAAAAGGAAGAAGAUUUACACACCGUCUCGUUGGACACUUCAUGGCCAUUCUUACUCAUUUGUACACAUCACCGGGUUUGUCCUUGAUGUCGACUGUCACGUUUAUAGACGCGCUGCGAUUAGCUUGACUUGGGGAAAAACCAGGCCACCCUGCAAACACACACACACGAUCAUUUGCUCCGGACUGCGGUGACUUAUUGACGAGCAAUGGAGAGCUAGUGAAAAUCGGACACGUCAUGGCCUCCAAGUUUACCUUUCAACCUGCAGCGUUCGUUUGGGGCCACGGCGUGACGCAUCCAUCAUGGGGGGUUCGGUUUAGGUUGUGAUCGCCUCAGUGCUUCUGGCCACAGAGAUAAUCCACUGGUUGAAGAUAACUCGGUGGCAGUUCCAGUAUCACAGAAGGGUUAUUUUUCCUUCAGGCAGAUAUGUGGAUGUUACCUGACUUCCAGACAUCUGCCCAUCUAACGGAAUGAUGUCGGUCACAAGCUCAAAAAUGAAAAAUCGUGGGGAAAAAAGUGUUGAUUUGUGAUCCGGACUGACAAGCUCAAGUCAUCUGUGCAAGUGUGCUUGGCUGGGUCACUGCAUGAUUACGUGACCUCGCUGCAGGUUCAUAACUCUUCUACCUUCAUGAUGAGGUUUCUUAUCUCGAGUCAAACAUAUUCUCUCUUUUUACCCCUCAAAGAAAAAAAAAAUGUCAUGAAGCGUUCAUUGCCAUGCAUAUCAGACCAUUUGCAGUGCUCUUCCUUUCUUUGUGUCACAAUUCAAUACAGUAAAAUAUAUACAGUGAAUGAUUUUCAAUAGCUACCCACACCUCGUAGUGAAGUGUAAUACUCUAGAAACAUUGCAAUAGAUUCUUCUUUUUGCUUUACUGUUUGUGUAACUUGGGAAAUUAUUUUUACAACUCAAAAGAAGUCCUCUCCUUUUGGCAUUUGGACCUUGAUAAACAGCACAAGAAGAGCUGGCUUUGCUUUCAUGCAAGGCUUCCUGUUUCCAUUGAUAUAAUUUCAGCCAGAGAGGAAUGUAAAUCAUAGGGGGAAAUAUAUAUUAUAUAAAGUUGUAUAAUAUACAAAAUAUAUAUGAACCAAUGUUAUUUAUGUGAAUUUAAGUCCAAUAAAAAACCUAAU